AUGUUCGACUGUGGCAAAAAAACAGUGAAAUCACAAGUAAUCAGUGGCCAACUCGAGAAAUUUGUAAGGUUGGAUAGUAUGGAUUCUAGGUACUCGCAGGAUACUUCUGAGUCAACUCUGAACAAAUGCACACUCAACAUACAAAGACCAACACGUGGUGCUCAGGGCAACAAUGCACCAUCGUCAUCUGGUUCCUUUAAGAAAGGGUUUAGCAGUGGUUCUAAAGGGCUUUGGUCUAUAGGAAGAUCGAUCGGGCUCGGUGUCUCACGAGCUGUGUUUCCAGAAGAUCUUAAAGUAUCAGAGAAGAAGAUAUUCGAUCCACAGGACAAGUUUCUUUUGCUCUGCAACAAGCUGUUUGUCACUUCUUGCAUCCUCGCCGUGUCUGUGGAUCCACUCUUCUUGUAUCUUCCGUUUGUUGACGAUAAAGACAAAUGUAUAGGCAUAGACCGGAGAUUGGCUAUCAUAGCGACGACGCUGAGGACAGUGAUCGAUGCCUUUUAUCUUUUCCACAUGGCUCUCCGGUUUAGAACAGCUUUUGUCGCUCCUUCUUCCCGGGUUUUCGGGCGUGGAGAGCUUGUGAUCGACCCUGCACAGAUCGCUAAACGGUAUUUGCUUCAGUACUUCAUCGUUGAUUUUCUCUCCGUGCUUCCACUCCCACAGAUUGUAGUUUGGAGAUUUCUUUACACCUCUGGAGGUGCAAAUGUGCUGGCGACAAAGCAAGCGUUGCGAUCUAUCAUCUUAGCUCAAUACAUUCCGAGAUUCAUUCGGAUUUAUCCUUUGAGCUCAGAGCUAAAGAGAACAGCUGGUGUGUUUGCUGAAACCGCUUGGGCUGGUGCAGCUUAUUACUUGCUGCUCUACAUGCUCGCUAGUCAUAUCGUUGGGGCUUUGUGGUACUUACUGGCUUUAGAACGCAUCAAUGGAUGCUGGAAAAAGGCUUGCCUUAGUAACGGGACCUCCUGUUCCAGAAACUUCCUGUUCUGCGGUAAUGAAAUCAUGGAUGGUUAUGCUGCUUGGAGUACCAUUAAAGACUCUGUUCUUCAGAUAAAUUGUCCCGUCAAUGUCACCGAUGGUGACAAUCCUCCUUUCGACUUUGGAAUCUACUUGAGAGCCCUGUCCUCUGGCAUUGUCUCAUCAAACAGCUUUGUCUCCAAAUACUUCUUCUGUCUCUGGUGGGGACUUCAGAAUCUCAGCACACUUGGUCAAGGGCUUCAAACCAGCACAUACCCUGGAGAGGUUAUAUUCUCCAUAGCACUUGCUAUCGCUGGGCUUCUGCUCUUUGCUCUUCUCAUUGGGAACAUGCAGACUUAUCUUCAGUCGCUUACUAUCCGGCUCGAGGAAAUGAGAGUGAAAAGACGCGACUCGGAACAGUGGAUGCAUCAUCGGAUGCUUCCACCGGACCUGCGGGAACGGGUCAGACGAUAUGACCAGUACAAAUGGUUGGAGACACGCGGAGUUGAUGAAGAGAAUCUGGUUCAGAACCUCCCAAAGGAUCUGAGAAGAGAUAUCAAACGCCAUCUCUGUCUGGCUUUGGUUCGGAGGGUUCCAUUGUUUGAGAAUAUGGAAGAGAGGCUGCUCGAUGCAAUCUGUGAGAGGUUGAAGCCGUGUCUGUUCACGGAGAGCUCCUAUUUGGUUCGAGAAGGAGACCCGGUCAACGAGAUGCUCUUCAUAAUCCGUGGUCGGCUCGAGAGUGUGACCACUGACGGCGGGAGAAGCGGUUUCUUCAACCGGAGUUUGCUCAAAGAAGGAGAUUUCUGCGGCGAGGAGCUCUUGACAUGGGCGCUUGAUCCCAAAUCCGGUUCCAACCUACCGUCCUCGACCAGAACCGCAAAGGCUCUAACCGAAGUAGAGGCUUUCGCUUUGAUAGCCGAUGAGCUCAAGUUCGUGGCUAGCCAGUUCAGGAGACUGCACAGCAGGCAAGUUCAGCACACUUUCAGAUUCUACUCACAGCAAUGGAGGACCUGGGCUGCUAUAUUUAUACAAGCCGCGUGGAGACGAUACGUGAAGAAGAAGAAACUUGAGCAGCUUAAGAAAGAAGAAGAAGAACGAGAAGGGUCGGUUACUAGCAUCAGAGCGACGCUCUUGGCGUCAAAGUUUGCCGCAAAUGCUCUUCGGAAAGUUCACCAGAACCGUAUCGCAGCAAAGUCUAGUAAGGAACUUGUGAAACUUCAGAAGCCUUCAGAACCUGACUUCUCUGCUGAUGAUGAUGAUUCUUGA